AUGGUGAAGGCCGACGUACGGAGGGACUACUAUGCGGACUUGGGUCUAGCUCCAAGCGCGGAGUCUGAAGAUAUCAAGAAACAGUUCCGGAAGCUAGCUCUUAAGUUUCAUCCUGACAGGAAUCCCGGAAGGGAAACAGAGUUUAUUGCGAAGUUCCAAUCUAUCCAAGCCGCCCAUGAGAUACUUAGUGAUCCUCAAACACGACUCAAGUACGAUACAGAUCGACUGCGCGCAGGAUAUGGUAAAGUCUACGGACCCCCGAGAACGAAUACCCAGCGCAGAUCGACCCAAGCCCCUGCGGCUCCUCCUCCCAGAGCCCCCAAGACCCCAAAUCCACGACCCGCGUACGAGCAGUGGGGAGGUGCAACGCCGAAUGGAGCAUCAGCUGGCGCUCAGAGAUAUUCUGCACAUGCUCGUGCAGGCCCGCAGCAAUGGACUCCGCGGCAGGAUGACGCGCAGACGAGGGCCGACGCGUUCAAGGGCUUUUCUGGGAUGAGAGGUGCUUCUAAUGCAGGAUCAUCAUGGCGAGGCUUUGAUCCCCAGACUGGACGCACCAGUGCUGGAAACCCCACUGGUAGCACGCCGAAACAGCAGAACAGCCCCUUUGGGAAUGGGAGUGGAACUCGACCAAAAUCUGCCUACCAAUAUUUCAAAGAAGGCGUCAAAUCGCAGGAUAACGUCAGUCCUAACUCAGGCAGGAAAAAGCAAGGAUUCGCCCCAGGAACUGCCGCUGGAGGCGAUGAGCCCCCGGCGCGGAAUACUUCAGCUUAUACUCACAAUCGAAGCGAACGGCCGAGCAGCAUGUAUUUCGAAUCUGCGCCGCCACCAACUGCAAAGAAACCCCCACCAGCACCUGAGCCUCCACUAUUUACCGAGGAGUUUGAGCGAAACAGGAGAGGAUACGCGUCUACGGGAGGAGAGAAGACUUUUUUUUCCAGCACUCCACUUCGACCUACAAGUACGCGCCCACCCCCAGGCAGUUUCCGGACAUCCAACCCUCGCACCAACACAAGCCCGGGGUACCCUCAGCCAAACGAAAGACACCGAAGCGCCAGCCCUAAGCCCAGGCGCUACUCACCUGAUCCUGAUUCCUCUACGAGCUCAAGUGACCUGGAGUCGGAGGAUGAAUUUGAGGAAGUACCGCCCCGAAGCACCCGAAGCAACAAGCCCAAGGCCGUUCCCAAGAGUCGCCUUCCACCGCAUCAAAAAUUCUCCGACUUUCAUCGACAGGCAGAUUCCAGCCUCGGAACUGGUGAGGAACCUUCCACCCGGCAUCGCUACGAGGAAGCGCCAAGCCCGUCAAAUAAAGGCACUCGCAGACCUCGAAGGGUCCCUGGAUUUGGAGAUCUUACGGCUGACAGCGACGACAAUAAAGGACAUAAUUCAGAUAGCGCCGCAUUUACUCGAGGCUCGAAUCGCCCGCAACCACCCGAUCAGUUUAAAGGCUCCACUUCUCGAACCGAUCCUACACAGAGUACCAAUCCCAAGACUGCGGCAUUUGGACGCCGAAGCACCAGUGAUAUGAAUCAUCUUCACAAGAAAUUCUCUGCUGAAGACUGGAGAGGUCACCUCUCUGAAUUCGAUUUCAUUGGAGCUUCAGCUUCGAAUUUUGCUGCAGCGCGCAACUCUCCCAACUCAAAGCCCCGGGGUCGGACCAAUCCACAGGAUUCUGCGCAAUCGACCCCUUCGAAAGGGCCUGCUAGCGCAAAUGCAUUUGGUAUAGCUGAUGAUCCGUCCCAACCGAAAACACAGCAGGCUCCUACCCCAUUCGCAGCGGCCAAGUUUCUUGCGGACGAAUGGUCGAAAUCGUUAGACAAUCUUACUUGGGAUGUUCCCAAGUCGGAUAAACAUAGAGCAUCACACACUCCGCCUCGAAGCCCGAGAAAACAGUCUAGGGCGGGAACAAAGGUGCGGAGUGCUCCGCAGGCUGCAAGCGUGGCGUCAGAGGCUGAUGAGGCGAAGGAGACCGUAAACGGUACUGUGCCUGAAUCAGUUCCCGAUGUUGAAGAGGUUGAUGGAAAAGCUUGGGCUGCCGCAGAUGCUGAGGCUAUGGACAUUGACGUCGAAUCACCAUCCGUGCCAAAGAAGGCGUCUGCUGGGGCUAAGAGCGCAGUUUACCCAGAUCUCAACGUUGGUCAAGAGGCCCCUGCGAGCAGAAAUGCCCAGUCAUCGAAGGCCGAAGGCAAUGCAUCGAAUACGGAGACACGCACCCCAUUAUUUAAUCUGGAAAAUCUUCGCAACACUGCACCAUUCACUAGCACCAACAGCGGUGGUAUCGAGAACUUAGAUGAUGUGCACGCUACAUUGCCAUUUGAAUCUCGCGCAAAGCAACAGACUACGACCCAGCGUGACAUUCGCCCCCGCGAGCUCAAAUUACCUAACCCCCCUAAACGACCCUCGGCACCAGAAACCGUUGCCCUUUCUCCAGGGAUAAUGGUUCUCCCUCUUGAGAAAUGGCAAUAUUACGUCUCUGCUAUGGGCACCUACAUGCACGAUUGGAACGUCUUUAACCGCCGCAUGCUACUCUAUUUCCACGCCCGCCAAGAAGCCAUCGAGACAGGCCUCUCACCCAAUUGGAUCAGCGCCGUCGGGGACUCUACUCGCCUCAAGAUCGACGACGACGAUACAGAUGACAAAAUCGAGAAGCACGACAUGGACACAUUCGACGACACUCUGAUUCCUGGAAGUGGCAAGGGUGGAUUCAGCGCUUAUCUGCGUGGCAUCGAAGAGGAUGUUCAAGUACGGAAGCAUUGGGAAGUUGCCUGUGAGAUGCAUCGGGAUUGUAUUCUUGCCCUUGGACGCCUCCGAGAGUGGAUUCGGAAUGGUGGGAAAGUGGUAUCUUUUUCUACUAUAUGA